CGGGCAACCCAGCGCGGCGGGGGCGGCGGAGGCCGCGCUGCCCCUCCGGCUCCAUGGCGGAGACCGACCCGUUGCUCGCCCGCCAGCGGAGCGCCAGCGGCGGCGGCGGCGGCGGCAGGGCGGGUCCGGGCCCGGGCCGCAGCCGCUCCUCGUCCGCCGAGCCCCGCGCCCCCGCCGCCUCCUACACCAUCGAGGCCCAGCCUGUUACUGCUGAACAUGAGCUCUGUAUCAGCCAAGCUGUAGUAUUUAUUGAAGAUGCAAUACAGUAUCGUUCUAUUAAUCACCGCAUGGACUCUAACUCGCUGUGGCUCUAUCGAUGGUAUUACUCAAGCAUUUGCCAAUGGAUAUCAAGUUUCAAUAUUUUCCUCAUCUUGGCACUGGCAUUCAUUGAGACACCCUCAUCUCUGACUGUUACUUCUGACGUACGCUACAGACGGCCCCCCUGGGAACCUCCUUGUGGCUUGACCGAAAGCUUUGAAAUGUUUUGCUUCCUAAUAUUUAUAGCUGAUGUCUCCAUGAAGAGCUAUUUAAUAGGUUGGGAUGAGUUUCUGAAAACCAAAUGGCUGCUGGCUUAUAUCCUGGUCCUGGUGGUUUCCUUGACUGAUUGGACUGUGUCCCUGAGCUAUGCUUGUGAGGAGACGAUUAGAGUACGGCGCCUUCUUCGGCCAUUCUUCCUUCUCCAGAAUUCUUCGAUGAUGAAAAAGACAUUGAAGUGCAUCAAGCGAACAUUGCCUGAAAUGGCCAGUGUUGUGCUGCUGUUGACACUUCAUCUAUGUCUCUUCACCAUGUUUGGGAUGCUACUGUUUGCUCGAGAAAAGGAUAGCCGACAGGACCAGGAGAGAUUGGAGUAUUUUCGCAACUUGCCUGAUUCGCUGACUUCCUUGCUGGUGCUGCUGACUACUGCAAACAACCCUGAUGUGAUGAUCCCUGCUUAUUCCAAGAACCGGGCCUAUUCUAUUUUCUUCAUAUUAUUCACCGUAAUAGGAAGCUUAUUUCUGAUGAACUUGUUGACUGCCAUAAUAUACAAUCAGUUUAGGGGUUAUCUUUUGAAAUCAAUUCAAUCCUCCCUUUUGAGGCGACGGUUGGGGAUCCGUGCUGCAUUUGAAGUCCUUUGCUCACUGAAAAGAACACAUUCCCAUCACCAAGCAACUGGUGUUAGUGUCGGAACCUUUUUACAAGUUCUGCAGAGAAUUAAAAUGGAUCAAUACUGCAAACAGGCCAUCAUGCAGACGAUUGGAUCCAGCUCUACUGGCGUGAUGUCGGCUGAUCAGUUUCAGAAAAUUUUCGAUGAACUUGACAAAGAUGCAGUUAAGGAGCAUCCUCCUCGACCAGAAUACCAAUCUCCAUUUCUGCAGAGUGCCCAGUUAAUCAUCAGUCACCGCUAUUUUAAUUACUUAGGAAACUUGGUAGCACUCAGCAAUAUUAUCUCUAUCUGUGUAUUCAUGGUGAUGGAUGCUGACCAGCUGCCCCAGGACCGUGAUGACUUUGUCUUAGGGGUCCUAAAUUUCUUCUUCAUCUUGUACUAUUUACUAGAAACAGUGAUGAAGAUAUUUGCUCUGGGAUUGAAAGGAUACUUAUCAUUCCCCAGCAAUGUGUUUGAUGGAUUGCUCACUGGAAUCUUGCUGGUUUUGGAGAUCUCAACUCUUGCUGUGUACCGAUUUCCUCAUCCAGGCUGGAAACCUGAAAUGUUGGGCUUGCUUUCCCUGUGGGAUAUGGCCCGACUGGUGAACAUGUUCAUUGUGUUCCGGUUCUUGCGGAUUAUCCCAAAUAUGAAGCUGAUGUCUUUGGUGGCUAGUACUCUACUGGAUUUGGUCAAAAAUUUAAGAGCCUUUGCUGGGAUUCUUGUGGUUGUUUAUUAUGUCUUUGCCAUAAUUGGAAUAGGGCUGUUUCAAGGUUCUAUUGUGUCUCCUCCAGGAAAUAACAGCCUGACCUAUCCUAAGAACGCAUCCCGAUGUGGCACAUUUGAACAGUUGGAAUACUGGCCUAAUAACUUCGAUGAUUUUGCGGCUGCUUUGGUGACUCUCUGGGAUGUGAUGGUUGUGAACAAUUGGCAGGUUUUUCUUGAAGCCUAUUCGAGAUACUAUAGUUCGUGGUCAAAACUGUAUUUUGUAGCCUGGUGGUUGGUAUCCUCUGUCAUCUGGGUUAAUCUGUUUGUGGCCCUGAUUCUGGAGAACUUCAUUCACAAAUGGGACCGUCGAUGCCAACAGCAACCUCUCUCUGGAACUCAGGAAGCCCAGUAUCAGAUGACAGUGGAGCGCAUGUUUAGAGAUGUCCUGGAAGAACCUACAGAGGAGGAAUUGAUGGAAAAGCUAAACCAACACCCACACUUUCAUUUGUGCAGAUGACAGUCUGGUGGGACCUGCCUGUUUCCUACUCUCUAAGCUCCGACCAUGAACAGAAUUACUGAGGGCAGCCAUGCUGAGAAGGAGGAUGGUGUCUCCUAGAAAUCAUCUUCAAAUCUGCUAUUCUUAGACAAACACCCUCUCUCGCCUCAUCCAGGCAGUUGGGGAGACAGAAACUGAAUGGUCCAUUGGAACUUUUUUUAAACAAUCAGCAGCGUCGCUCUUUUUUUAGUUUUUUAAAUUCCUGUUGUUUUAAGAGAGACUUUCCCCAGAUGCCACUGUUAAUUUUAUAAACUGUCCAGAUGACACUUUUAUUUUUUUAAAUAGGAAAUGAGAAUGGCAUUGCAGUGCACUUUAAGAGCCACGAAACCAGUGACCUUGAAUCCUCUCUGCUGGGUGCUUUUCUGCACCCCAAAAAUAGUGAACCCGCAGAUGGUGGCAAUUUUGGGUGACCACAGACAGUGCCUUGAAAAACUAAUGAAUGAAUUUGUUUUGAAAUACUAAUGAAUGAAUUUGUGUGGGAACAUUUUAUAUGAAAGGAAGCUUAUUUUUUUUUUAAUUUGAGAUGUAAUGCCAGCAAUACUUCCUUUACUUACCUCCCAUAAAUAGUGCUUUAAUUUUUGUAUAAAAAGUUGCUUUAGAUUGGAUGGUGAUUUCUGAAUAAUGCAAUAGGUGAGGCUUUGGGGCCAAAGUUGACUUAUGUUUUUGGUGAGAUUGUGUCAUAUUUAUAAUUGCAAGGGCUCUACCUCUUGAGGGAAAAAUCUUCCUUUUUGUUUUCUCAUUGUUUGGGGAAGUUAUUUAAUAGGUGUAUCCUUUUAGAAGAAAACCACUUCAACUAUCAUUUGAAAAGUCAGAGCUUAUUUUGUCUGUGUUGGCUUCAUUGGCUUUGUUAGUCAUGAAGGGAUGCUCCUAAUACUUCAGUAGAUUUUUGAAAAAUGUAUUUUAUGCUUCUUAUUUCUCCAUUGGACAGUGAAACUGUGGUUCUGUAAUGAGUAUUUUCAUCACUCAUUUUGGGUAGAACACUUGAGGAAUUGAAAGGACGGUCUUCAGACAGUGUUCAUCUGUCUGGAUAGAAAGUGGGGUGGUGUCAGAAGAACAGAUUGUGUGAACAGUGUCAAGGCGUAAGCACUACUAGUUAGUACUACUUACUGAGGGUCUUCAAGAAUGCAGUUCUCAACUUAGUGGAGAUUUAUCCCAUUUCAAAUCCUUUUCAUCCUUUCAAAAUACUCUGGAUUCAGACUGUGUACAUUGUGUAUAUGGGGUACAUACAUCUGUUAUAUCUGUCAUCCUUUCAUUCUUUUUAAAACCUAUUUGUUGCCUCUUUAGCUUUUUCUUUUCCCUGAAAAGGGAAUGCAGGUUUUUUCAGCCCUGUGGAAACUAAACAGGGUCAGGGUCUGUGCAGUCCAAGUAAAGGGAAGGCUGAGUGGUUAUGCAGUUGAUUUACCCUACAUAAAAAGUCACCUGGAUACCUCAGGCCAAAAAAUUAAUUUUGAUGUCUGAUCUUGAUAGACUAUCUGCCUGGAAUCAGCCAACUAGAUAAUUAUUUGGACUACCAUUUCACUUGGUAUGGUUAGACCAACCAGUUGGAUGACAAAUGCAACUCAAGUAUAAAGAGAAUGCAACAAUGCAAAAUGUUUCCUCAUCUCCCUAGUUUAUUGAAUUUAAAACACUUUUUCCAAGUCCCCUGCCUCCCUCCUCCCCAUUCCCUGCCACACAAUUAUUUUUUACCAAGUGGUACAGCGUAUGUAUUUGUAUUGUCUUAAUAUGAAAUAAAACACCUUUUCCUAUUGUCACCCAGUAUUGAUCUAUUUGUUCCCCAGUUUAUUGCACCAACCUAGGCCCUUUUGCAUCAACAUUGGAGGCCGUCAGGUUAAUGAUUUAUUUUCACAUGGGGAGGUAUCCAAAUGAGAAAAAUAGCAUGCUGGCCAAUCCACUGGGAGCUGUACCUUUCACACUCCUCAAUUCACCCUCCCUAUUCUUCUCCUCCUGCUCUGUCCACCUUAUUAUUUGAAAAUUGUUUUGUCUUUUACUCUUCUAAGUCCUAGCUAUCUACUUAACUCUGAUUUCUGUUGGGAUCUCUCCAACUUCUCCCUUUUCCUUAGAAUUGCAUCAGAGACUGUUAAAUAUGCUGUCUCUGGAAUGGUUCUUGAUGAUUCUCUAUACCAUGUAUUUUAGUACUGUGGUCCUCAAUGGGGCAUCUACCACUUUACUUGGGGGAUGAUUCUUCAAGUCUACUCUAUCUUCUUUUUAUAGUACUCUAAGAAUGUGUAUUCCUUGCCCUUUCUUGGUGAGACUGAAAAAAAUGUGGAAGUUGAAAUAGGCAAGUUAAUUGCAUUCAUCAGUAUGUUUCCUUGCCAGCGAAGUCAGCUUGGGCCUUCAAUCUUUCCUGCUAACUGUUAUUCAAAUCCCUUUUUUGUCAUAGAGAUACAUACACUAUUGAGAAUACGAAGUAAAGUAGAGAAACCUAGGGAAUGCUGCUAAAAGCAAAGGCAUUGUAAUCAUGCUUAAUGCCCAAGGUAUCACAGGAAGUAUAUUUAAGAUGUAUAGAGCAUACUAGGUUAUAAGCACAAAAAUGACCAAAAGGAUAUUUAAUAAAUAUGAUUUGAUGAUGAUUCACUACAAAUAUGAAUUGCAAUUACAAAACAGUAUGUUACCUAAAUAGACAUGUUCCAGUUAUUUUGAUAUUCUUUAAUUCUGAUGUUUGGCAUAGACUGCUCAGAUGUGUGGUUUGGGGAAAGGAUCAGGUAAUUUAUGAGUUUAUAAGAAACACUCCAGUAUUAGAUAUUUCGGGGAAUAUCAGCAACUUUUCAUUAUGAGAUUAUGAUUUCUACACUAGAUCUAGGUAUUAACUGGAUUGUAUUCGUAAAUGUCUGUAUGUUUAAAUUCUUGAUGUUGCUAUUGGGGUUUUAAUUUAUUUCCACUUUUUAAACUUAGUUUUGACAUCUAAGCACCACCUAGUGGUGAGACUCUAACAAGGUUGUGCAAUAAGAAAUUAUUUUUGACAGUAGCUGGCAUAGAGUAAUAGAUAAGUGAUGUCCUUACACAACCUAAAUUGUGUGCAUAACCAUUUUAAAUGUGUACAGUUUUAAAAAUCUGUUAUCAUCGUCAGCUUUUCACAAUGAUCAGUGUUAUUCUUUGCCUCAUAUCAAAUCAAAUUUCCAAUUUGAACUUUUCCACUGUCAGCAUUUGAUUCCUGUAGGUUAGGGAAUCAAUAAAUCAGGAAGGGGAAAUGGUAUUCAUAAUAAAUUGAUUAUGAAGCACUUUAAGGAAUAAAGUGUUUCUAGAGCCUUCAAUAUUUAAACCCCUUGCUGUUUUUGGUAAUUACUUUGUUUAAAGAAUGUAAAGUAAGUGCAUAAUAAGGAUUACAACAAAUUUCAGUUGAGGGUGGGAAAAAUUAAUUUUUUUUUUUUAGAAUGACUUUCACAUCCAAAAGCUUCACUUCAUGUAGAGAAUCUCGGCAGUAAAGUGGAAUGACAUUUAGGCUUUUAAAUAUGUACUAUCAGUAAGAAAAUACUACUACCUUGAUUUGUGUAGCACCUUCUCCCAGGAAAUAAAGGCACAGUAAAUACUGACUUCCACAAAUGUCACCACUCUUUCUGGCUUAGGCUAUAUGUUUACCAAGUUGUUUUGAAUUUUGAUUUUUACAGUGAAAGUGUGUUUUGUCCCUAGAUAUUUGUCCAUUAAAUAAUAAAGUAUUGCUGAGUGGUAAUGAA